GGUAAGAUGGCGCCCUCUAGUAGUUGAGCUGUCAACCUAACGCGUGUCGUCCAUGUUCCGAGUGUGGUGUGACUUAUUUUUAUUUUGUGUUAAUUUCCAAUGCCCUGUUAUAAAUGUGAAAUGCAACAGCAUGUGUCAUCCCAUAUAGUGGAACCUUGCUCCGGCUGAAUGGAUCCCGCCGUCGCGUGGUAUCAGCCCGAGCAGGAAGGACCCGCGAAGCGCCUGUGGCUUCGUAUCUGGGAAACUCAAAGUGAAAUAGACAAAAUGAAUUUGAAAAACUUAGAAAACUCUAAUCCAAAUGUGAAUAAAGCGCAAGACUUUAUACCAAUAAAUGAUGUGAAUGGUGAAAGUAGAAAUAAUAAUUAUUUUAAUCCCGCGCGGAGGAAAGUGAACGAUAACCGCGCAUCGACUUUUAACCUGAACAAAAACCACGAUGCUCUCAUAGGUGAAUACGGUGGGUGUCCGUGGCGGAUACCCAAUUACAAAUAUAAGCCCGGAAUAUUGGGGCUACACGAAGAGAUCGAGCACUUCUACACAUACAUGUCGCCAACGGAGACCGAGCAUCUCGUCCGCUCUACGGUCGUGAACAGGAUCCGUGGCGCUAUCCUGACGCUCUGGCCGCAGGCCAGGGUUGAAGUGUUUGGCUCCUUCCGUACCGGCCUCUAUCUGCCUACGAGCGACAUUGAUCUGGUGGUUAUAGGUCAAUGGGAGAAACUGCCGCUAUGGACGCUAGAGCGGGAACUGGUGACCCAGGACAUAGCUGAGAAGGAGAGCAUCAAGGUCUUAGAGAAGGCCACUGUACCCAUCGUGAAGAUGACUGACAAAUACUCGGACGUUAAGGUGGACAUAUCGUUUAAUAUGAGCAGCGGCGUGAAGAGUGCAGAGCUUAUCAAGCAGUUUAAGGAAAAGUACCCAGUCCUAACACGCCUAGUAAUGGUUCUCAAACAAUUCCUCCUCCAACGAGACCUGAACGAGGUCUUCACCGGCGGCAUAUCUUCCUACUCCCUCAUACUCAUGUGCAUCAGCUUCCUCCAGCUCCAUCCGCGCCCAGAAAGACUGAGACAGCAACAGAAUCUAGGCGUCCUCUUAAUAGAGUUCUUCGAACUCUACGGGAGGAAGUUUAACUAUGUCAAAACGGCUAUAAGAGUGAAGAAUGGGGGGUCGUAUGUGUCUAAGGAUGAGAUACAGAAGGACAUGAAUGAUGGGCAUAGGCCUUCGUUGUUGUGUAUAGAGGAUCCGUUGACGCCGGGGAAUGAUAUUGGCAGGUCGAGUUAUGGAGCGAUACAGGUCAAACAGGCCUUUGACUACGGCUACAUAAUCCUCCAGCAAGCCGUGGCCCCACACAACGUGCUCCUAGCGCGACACAGCGCGCUCGGUCGCAUAGUACGCGUCACAGACCACGUGCUACAAUAUAGACGAUGGGUCCGGGAUACCUUCGAACCGUUCUUCUUCCCCCAUCGGGCGCCGCCGGCUGCGGUGUCUAGCGAGCCUUCGCCUCCCCCGAGCGAUAGCGAACCUGAGUGGUCAGACAGCUCGGCGCGGGCGUCGCCGGUGGCGGGCGCGCGCACGUCGCCGCCGCCGCUGUCCGCGCUGCAAUGUUCCUCGCCCACGCCCAGGCGCGUGUCCGCUCACCAGAGUCUGAUCAUACAUCACAUCACCAGCAAUUCAGACUUCAACAACAUACCCUCAGGAGUAAUGCAACAACGCUACUCCAACGACAGCGCGCCAAAGAACCGCAACCGCUCGUUCACGUCCAAACAACGGCGCUACUCCUCCCCGCCCGCACACCCGCGCCGCGGCGGAGGAGGCGGAGGAGGCGGCGGAGGCGGAGGCGGAGGAGGAGACGGGCGCGGCAGCAAGAAGCGCCGCCAGUUCGCGCCGCAGCCGCAGCGAUGAUAUACGGCCGGCGUCUAGGUGAUACGCGGUAAUGG